GUUGCGCACAUAAAUUGUGCAUCAAUUUUAUGUCGGUAAGUAGCCUACACUUUGCAUUGCAUUUACGGGUGUUGGCUAGUUGAUAGGUGUAGUGAUCGGUGGCUUAUUCGUGGACUGAAAACAUGCAAAGAUCCUUACGGGUUCAUCAACAGCAGGACAUGAGACGAAACAGAGUUGUUGGUGGCGGCCUACGUGAAAUAGUAGCCUAUUAGGCUAUUACAUUAUAUUUGAUUAGGCCUACUUUCCCACAAUUUACUCAGAUAUUGCAGCCGUGGACACGAGAGAAAUAUCUCAUUAUUGUUCGGGACUAUAGACUCAGUCUAAAUUAAUCGACUGUAGCCUAUAAAGUGAAUCCAUGAAUUGGAAUAUUUUUGAAGUUAGUGUAAAACGGCCAACCCAAGAAGGAUUCGGCAUAGGAAUAGAAUAGAAUAAUAUACUUUUUUGAUCCCGUGAGGGAAAUUUGUUGCUCUGCAUUUAACCCAAAAUAACCGAAUUAGUGAAGACACACAGCGAGAUGAAUCACACACUAAUCCAAAGCAGUGAGGGGUUAGGUGCCUUGCUCAAGGGCACUUCAGCCGUAGUGGACUGAUCUGGGAUCGAACCAUCAACUGUCGGGUUUUAAGCCCGAAGCCUUAACCAGUACACCACGGAUGUUCACAAGGCAUCAGCUGGAACUUUUUUUAAGUAGCCUACCGCGAUAAAGUAGCAUGACCAGCUAUAGAGUCCACGUGAUUGCAUGUGUUGUUGUAUAUUGCUAAAAUGACUUUAAUUAACUUCUUUAUAGAGAAAUAAAACUUUUACAACAACCUAAACAAAAGUCCACUUCAGAUUGGCUGUCAGAAGGAGCAUGGGUCAUCUAUUUACCAUGACGUUGGUAAAAUCAUAACCACUGUUGUGCAUUGCCUACUUCAUAUUGGAGUCUGGACAUGGAGUCUGUAUAAUGGUGUGAAUGAAUGUAGGCUACAUGGCUGAUUUUAUUUUGUUCAAAUCGAGUGACUCUCCUACUAACAGGGAUUAAAGUUUUCCGGCACCGUGCCGGAAUUCCGGCGUGCGGCCAUUGACUGCGUUCAUUUUUUAAAAUAUUAUUUAUUUGUUAACGCCAUUGAAAAACACGCAGCAUUCGUUAAGCUGAAUUUCCUUUCCCUGCUCUCCCUCUCUGUCACUCACGCGUCACGCACCCUUUAAUAUACACUCACACACACACACACAAACACACACACACACACACACACACACUCAGACACAGACACAGAAUCCCCUUCGUGCACACCGCGUCUGUCUCCAUAACGAGAUCAUCCCUGGAAGCGCGGUCGCACUAAUGCACCUGACGCUGCGGGUGGAAGCAUAAGUUCUUCCGCAAAUUUUGUAGACUAUGCGUGCAACUUUACCAAACCGUUUAGAAGCAAACAAAUUUUCCUUGGCCCGCUCUCGUGCGCACUCAAUGGACACACCCACCCCUCGACAUGCACAUUUAAUCCAAACAAAACAUUCACAAUCGUAAACGCAAUGACGCACAGAAGACGACUAGCUGAAUUAUUGUUAAAUACGGUUAGCAUCAUUAGUAGGCUAUGCUGCACACAUCUGAUUAAAACUCUGCAUUCAAGUUGACUGACCAUCUCAAUACCAAUGUUUUUCAACUCCAAGAUUUAAAGGGCCUGUCCCAAGGAGAAAAAGUAUGAGCUUACCUUGAAACUUAAACACCCGUGGGGACACUGAACAGUCCAACCAGCUAGAGUAUGAUAAACUAGCCAACUAUGCUACUUUGUUUACAAUAUUUCGAGGCUUCAAUCAAACAGCUGAAUUUAAGAGGUGGAGUUGUAAUAUGAAUAGCAGGCUAUAAGCUGCAUAAAGUUUGCGGUUAUGAAUAUCAGAAAUGUCAGUAUACAGAAUGUAUAUAAAUAAUUACACGUGUGUGUGUGUGUGUGUGCUUUACAUCUUGUUAAAAAAAUCAUUAAAUAAAUAAAUUCACAUUAUGUGAAAGCAAAGUGUCAGACAUGAGGCGACCACCACAUAUUGCCUUCUAAUCUGUGAGAAACACUGUUAUUACUCUUUAAAAAGAGAAUCAUUGUCUUUUUUUGAAUACCUUAACUUAAAUGGUUGCAACUAAAUCUUAUUCUUCAAAUGCCUGCCUUCCAAUUUCACAUACCCUGACAACAUGACACCUUAUGAUUGUAGGUCAAUUUGUAACCUGUCAAAGACAAAGAUUAGCAGCAAAACUUGAUAUAAAAAGAAAUCCUAAAUGCUACAUGUAGCAUAUUGUAGUGUGUUGGACUACUAUUGCCACCUAUUGGCCUUUCUUGGGGUCCAACAUCACAAACAGGCCUGUGUCGUGUGCAAACACUCCAAAAAGUAAACCGGUUUCCAAUCGAUCGACCAACAUAGUGUCGUAUAGAGUUGCAUGCACAAGUCUAAAAAAGUUCAGGCUCAGGAUUUUCUUUUGCUUUAAUCCCUGUACUAAUUAUAGGCUGUGAACUCUGUGAAGAUCUGCUCUCAAAAUUUGGAUUAAGAGGAGUUAGAGGAAUCAUGACAAAAUAGGCCUACAGUCUCUCUCUCUCUCACACACACACACACACACACACACACACACACACACACACACACACACACACAGAGAGAGAGAGAGAGAGAAGGGAAGGUUGUGGUUCUGACUGCUUUCGUUUUGUGCAUACUGUCUGUGCAUGUAGUCACGUAGCUCUGACAGCUAGUUUCAUGUCCCCUCUUCUCAAGGGUUUGAAACUUUGAGUGUAUUUUGAUUUGUUCAGUUAUUGUCAUUGUCAUGCUGAGUUGACUUUAACAGGUGUCACCUGUAGAUUUUUCAAAGCUGCCAGCUGGCUAUAGCUACUCUAUCAAUAUUUUCUAUGUGGAGUGAUCAACCUCCCAGACUUGUUGUGUUGGUUUUUAUAGACUGUAUUGUAAUGUACUAUAAUCAAUGGAUCUAACUUACUGUGUUUUAAGUCAAAUUGUACGUAUUAAUUUCCCCCACACCAUUUUGGGGGGCCCAGAAUUGUUUAUUUUCUAGCACUUUAGGAAAAAUGUAGGCCUAGGCCAUUUUUUCUGGCAAGAGAGACCCAUGUGUGCCUUGUCCAUUGAAGGGGGAGUGAGGCGGGCACAGCUAGGCUGAUUGGCUGUUGCCCAUGCAGCUCUCUGCUCCACAGGCUCAUCCUGCACAACAGGAGCAUCUGUAGCCCAACCUCCUAUGAGCCUUCUGCUCAUCACACUUCAACAUGUUAAGGCCACAUAGCUGACUGCUUGUUACCAUUAUGUGCACUUUUCAUCAUUAUUCAGUAUUCAUCAUGUUUUAUGCAUCUUGGAAGUAAACAAUAGUAAGAUAUGUGCUGUUUGCUGCUCUGACUUUGGUUCAAAGAUCAGCAUAGACGUGAAUGGUGGGAAAAGGUAAUAAAUAAGUUCUUUGAUUUCAUAUUAUCUAAUAAACAUGUGCAAAGGCCUGUUGGGUGGAGGCAUGUGGCAGAGAUGUGACCCUGCUCCAUGAUUAGCUGUGGUGUGUUCCUGUGUUGACUCCGUGUCUAGUGUGUUUGUCAGCACCCCGCUGGCCUCUCCUCUCUGCAGCGCUUCCCCCUCUGCCACAGCAGCACACGGCUAUGAACACAACAGCCCCACAGAGCACCUGCUGACAGACACAACGUCCACCAUACAUUGUACAUCAAUUUUAUGUCGGUAAGUACACUUAAAUAAUUGCAUUUACGGGUGUUGGCUAGUUGAUAGAUGUAGUGAUCGGUGGUUUAUUCGUGGACUGAAAACAUGCAAAGAUCCUUACGGGUUCAUCAACAACCGGUAAUGAGACGAAACAGAGUUGUUGAUGGCGGCCUACAGUAGGCUACGUGAAAUAGUAGCAUAUCACAUUACAUUUGAUUAGGCCUACUUUCCCACAAUUUACUCAGAAAUUGCAGCCGUGGACACGAGAGAAAUAUCUCAUUAUUGUUCGGGACUAGACUCAGUCUAGAUUAAUCGACUGUAGCCUAUCAAGUGGAUCCAUAAAUUGGAAUAUUUUUGUAGUCAGUGUAAAACGGCCAACCCAAGAAGGAUUCGGCAUAGGCAGCAGCCAUGGAACUUCCUAUUUUUAAGUAGGCUACGGCGAGAGUAGCCUGACCAGCGAUAGAGUCCACGUGAGGCUAUUGCAUGUGUUGUUGUAUAUUGCCAAAAUGACUUUAAUUAACUUCUUUAUAGAAAAAUAAAAUUUUUACAACAAUCAAAACAAAAGUCCACUUCAUGGGUCAUCUAUUUACCAUGACGUUGGUAAAAAUCAUAACCACUGAGUCUGAACAUGGAGUCUGUACAAUUGCGUGAAUGAGUGUAGGCUACAUGGCUGACUAUAUUUUUGUUCAAAUCGAGCAAGUGACUCUCCUAGUAAUUAUAGACAAUGAACUCUGAAGAUCUGCACUCUAAAUUUAGAGUUAGAGGAAUCAUGACAAAAUAGGCCUACAGUCUCUCUAUCUCUCUCUCUCUCACACACACACACACAGAGAGGAAGGUUGUGGUUCUAUGACUGCUUUCGUUUCGUGCACUGUCUGUGCAUGUUGUCACGUAGCUCUGACAGCUAGCUUCAUUUCCCUCUUCUCAAGGGUUUGAAACUUUGAGUGUAUUUUAAUUUGUUCAGUUAUUGUCAUGCUGAGGUGACUUUAACAGGUGUCACCUUUAGAUUUUUCAAAGCUAAAGAAAGCUAAAGAAAGCUAACGAUUUUUCAAAGUCAGGCUAUAGUUGCUCAGGAGCUACUCUACUGAUAUUGUCUAUGUAGAGUGAUCAACCUCCCAGACUUGUUGUGUUGGUUUUUAUAGACUGUAUUGUAAUGUACUAUAAUCAAUUGGAUCUCACUCACUGUGUUUUAAGUGUCAAUGUACAUAUCAAUUUCCCCCACACCAUUUUGGGGGGCCCAGAAUUGUUUUCUGUCAUAGAGCCUUUGUUUUCUUUAUUUUUUUUCUGUCACAUUGCAUGUGCAUGCCUGUCCAUUCUAAAUGAGCAGAAGUCAAUCCACUUUACCCACACUUUAGGAAAACUGUAGGCCAUUUUUGUCUGGCAAGAGAGACCCAUGUGUGCCUUGUCCAUUGAAGGGGGAGUGAGGCGGGCACAGCUAGGCUGAUUGGCUGUUGCCCAUGCAGCUCUCUGCUCCACAGGCUCAUCCUGCACAACAGGAGCAUCUGUAGCCCAACCUCCUAUGAGCCUUCUGCUCAUCACACUUCAACAUGUUAAGGCCACAUAGCUGACUGCUUGUUACCAUUAUGUGCACUUUUCAUCAUUAUUCAGUAUUCAUCAUGUUUUAUGCAUCUUGGAAGUAAACAAUAGUAAGAUAUGUGCUGUUUGCUGCUCUGACUUUGGUUCAAAGAUCAGCAUAGACGUGAAUGGUGGGAAAAGGUAAUAAAUAAAUUCUUUGAUUUCAUAUUAUCUAAUAAACAUGUGCAAAGGUCUGUUGGGUGAAGGCAGAUGGCAGAGAUGUGACCCUGUUCCAUGAUUAGCUGUGUUGUGUUCCUGUGUUGACUCCGUGUCUAGUGUGUUUGUCAGCACCCCGCUGGCCUCUACUCUCAGCAGCGCUUCCCCUUCUGCCACAGCAGCACACGGCUAUGAACAGAACAGCCCUACAGAGCACCUGCUGACAGACACAACGUCCACCAUACAUUGUACAUCAAUUUUAUGUCGUGAUUCCCCUACGUCUGUGAAGAGCUAAGACUUCUGUUAUUGGUGGAGAAGAAAUGGACCCACAGAUCUGAUUGGUCUGCACAGCUAAUAAAAGAUGGAUCUCCCUCAAGAGGGUGAGGAUGCUGUCAGUGGAAAUCAGACGGCCAGAGCAGCAUGUGCCGUGUCCAGCCACAAGUCCCUGAAGGAUGAGGAGUCUGUUACUGAUGGACAUCAGGGGGUCAGCAAAGGACAAGUGCUACACAGUGCUGGACCACAUACACACAGACCAGUGUCUCCAGUGCCCAGCUGUGUGUCUAUGAAGAGUGACCAGUCCAUGGGACAGCCUUUACAUCUCAGCAGUGAAUCGCCACAGCCUGAUCCCAAGUUGGAUGAUGUAAAGCAGCCAGCUGGGCAAGAUGACCAAACAAACAAGAUGAUGCCUGUGGGAGACCAGCCAUUUUCCUCAGGUCUGGCUGGCGGGAGUGGAGAUAUCAACAUGAAUGUUGCUGCUCACUCUGGAGGGAUGGUGAACGCCCCGGCCUUUACUGGUUGUAUCAUCCAUGGCUCUCUCAACAUCACUGUUGCACCAGGGGCCAUGCCACAGCAAAGCACUGAACAUGUUGCUGAACAUACAGUCCAGCCACAAGAAACGACAACACAGAUUGAAGUGGAAAAGAAGAGAGAGGAGUCAAACAGGCAACUCAAGCAACGCCUUCAGUCCAUCUUAAAAGACAUGUGUUUCCUUGUACGUCAAGAGCUAGGAGAUGAAAAACUACAGGACAUCUACACUGAUCUUUGCGUUGUAGAAGGAUGCUCUGGAGAGAUCAACAGUGCACAUGAAGUGUCAACAAUUCACUUGAAACAAAUUGAGACAAGGUCAUUCCCUGGGACCAAGAACUCAGUCAAGUUGUCAAACAUGUUCUCUGACCAUCUCUAUGCAGAUAAACCUGUCACAAAGGUCUUGACUUUGGGAAUAGCUGGAGUGGGGAAAAGUGUUGCUGUGCAAAAGUUUGUCUUAGACUGGGCAGAAGAUAAAGAGAAUACAAAAAUAGGGCUGGUUUUUGUUCUUCCAUUUCGAGAGCUGAACUUGUACAAAGAUAAGGUCCACAGCCUCUUUGACCUUCUCUUUAAAUUGUACCCAGACCUUGAAGAUUUGACAGAAUCCACUGACUUAAAAGGGACAACAGUUCUUUUUGUAUUUGAUGGUUUAGAUGAAAGCAGACUCGCGCUAGACUUCAGCGAGCCCAUAUGUGACCCAAAAGAGAAAGCAUCAGUUGCCAUGUUAACAACAAGUCUAAUUACUGGUAAACUGUUGCCUUCUGCACUCAUCUGGGUAACAACAAGACCGGCAGCAGCCAAUAAGGACCUGUGUGACCUUUUCCAAUUGGUGACAGAGAUCCAAGGUUUCAGUGAAAGCCACAGAGAGGAGUAUUUUAAGAAGGUAAUUCCAGAGAAGGCUGAACAAAUUCUAGCACACGUGAAAUCAAAGAGAAGCCUCUACAUAAUGUGUCACAUUCCAGUGUUCUGUCGGAUCACAGCAGUGGUGCUUGGAGGAAAGGGAAAAGAGAAAGGAGUCUCUGACCAGGAAAUGCCCAAAACGUUGACUGAAAUGUACGCACAAUUCAGUGUCUUUCAGAUCACCAGAAUGAAGAAAUACCAAGAGGAGGAGAUGAGCCCAGAGGAAAAAGGGCAGCUUCUUGUUAAACUUGGGAAACUAGCAUUCAAACAUCUGGAGAGUGGCACCCUGAUAUUCUAUGAGAAGGAUCUGAAGGAAUGUGAAAUUGAUGUAAAUACAGGAGCAUUGAAGGCUGGACUUUGUACACAGAUCUUCAAAAAAGAAAGUGCUAUAAAUGGAAAGAGCAUAUUCAGCUUUGUGCACCUGAGUGUACAGGAAUUCCUGGCAGCUCUGUACUUGCUCCACACACAUGCAAUUGACAAAGCAAAUCUCUUUAUCAAGACCACUUGGGAGAAGACUAGAUGGAUGGUCAAGAACACAAGGUUCGACCUCUAUAAGAUGUCUUUGGAGAGGGCCUUACUAAGUGAAAAUGGACAAUUGGAUCUUUGUGUGCGCUUCCUUCUUGGACUGGCUCCAAUGUUGGAGCCUGAAGUCCGGUUCCCCCUGAAUGAUGUUCUGCCACAUUUGGGACAACAGAGCAUCAAGAAGACAGUUGAAUACAUCAAGAAAAAGAUCAGCAAAAACAUCCCACCAGAACGGAUGAUCAACCUUUUCCACUGUCUGAAUGAACUUGGAGAUGAUUCACUGGUUGAGGAAAUCAACAGAUACAUGAGCUCAGCAGGCGAGGAGAAGAAACUGACUCCAGCCCAGUGUUCAGCUCUGACUUAUCUGCUGCUGAUGUCAGCGGAAGAGCUGGAGGAGUUUGAUCUGAAGAAAUACCUGAGAUCAGAGGAAGGGCUCCACAGAAUGCUCCCUGUAGUCAAUGUCUCUAGGAGGGUUUGGCUAAAUCAGUGUCGCCUCUCUAAAGCAAGCUGUGAAAUGAUGGCAUCAGUGCUGCAGAGGACACCUUCCCAUCUGAGAGAACUGGACAUGAGUGACAAUGACCUGCAGGAUGAAGGAGUGAAGCUGCUCUGUGUGGGAAUAAGAGAUCCACAAUGCAAGCUGGAGACACUAAGACUGUCUGGUUGUCAGAUCACCCUGAAGGGCUGUUCUCUCUUGUCCUCUGGCCUCAAAUCAAACCCCUCCUACCUGAAACAGCUGGAUCUGAGCUACAAUCACCCAGGAGACUCAGGUGCCAGAGAGCUCACAGACAGACUGAAUGAUCCCAACUGUAAACUAGAGACUUUCAGACUUGCUGGUUGUAAGCUAACAGAGGAUUCCUGUAAGGCUGUAGCCUCUGCUUUGCAGUCCUCCAUCUCCCUAAAGGAACUGGACCUGAGUCACAAUGACCUGAAGGAUUCUGGAGUUCAGCUUCUCUCUGCAGGACUCAGUAGCCCUCACUGUAAACUGCAGACUUUAAGAUUGUCUCAUUGUCUGAUCACUCAGAAGGGCUGUUCUUUUUUGUCCUCUGCCCUCAAAUCAAACCCCUCCUACUUGAAACAGCUGGAUCUGAGCUACAAUCACCCAGGAGACUCAGGUGUCAGAGAGAUCACGGAGAGACUGGAUGAUCCCAACUGUAAACUACAGACUUUCAGGUAUGACUAUGGAGGAGAAUUCAGGAUUAAACCAGGAAUAAAAUAUGCCUGUGAGCUCACACUGGACCCAAACACAGCAGGCAGAGAUCUCUCUCUCUCUGAGGGGAACAGAAAGGUGACACGUGGGAGUGAGCAGGCGUAUCCUGACCACCCAGAGAGAUUUGACUCCUGGCCUCAGGUGCUGUGUAGAGAGGGUCUGACUGGACGCUGCUACUGGGAGGCUGAGUGGAGUGGUGGUGGGGUUGAUAUAGCAGUGGCCUAUAAGAGCACCCCGAGGAGUGGGCUGUUUGGACAUAAUGCCAAGUCCUGGAGACUGGACUGCUCUGGUACCAGUUACUCUGCCUGGCACAAUAGUAAGAAGACUGCCAUACCUGCCCCCUCCUCCCGCUCCAGCAGAGUAGGAGUGUACCUGGACUGGCCAGCAGGCACUCUGUCCUUCUACAGCGUCUCCUCUGACACACUCACCCACCUGCACACGUUCAACUCCACAUUCACUGAGCCCCUCUAUCCUGGGUUUUGGACUGACUCCUCAGUGUCCCUGUGCCAGAUCACAUGA